AUGAGGAAGAAGGGAAGCCAGUCCUUCGCCAUCGGGAACUCCGAGUUUGCUCUCCACUGGGACAUCUCCGCCGCGACGUAUGGCGCAGGAGCUGAGCCCACGCGGGACUUCUACCUCGUCAUGAUGGCCGACAAGGUGUUCGUGCUAUUGCUAGGUGAUAUGUGGAGAGAAUUCAUCAAGAAGUUCGAAGACAAGGUGUUGGUCGCCGCGUCCUCCAUGUACAGCAGGAGGGAGCAAGUGUUCGGCGCCACGCUCUACUCCACCAAGGCUCAGUUUCGCGACGGCGGCAAGGAUCACGAGAUCAUGGUAAGAUGCAAGGGAGACGAGGCCGACGCCAAGGACGCCGAGCUCUACGUCUGCGUCGACAGGAAGAGGCUGCUCCAUGUGAAGCGGGUGAUGUGGAACUUCCGCGGGAAUCAGACCAUAUUGGUGGACGGAUCAGCGAUCGACGUGCUGUGGGACGUGCACGACUGGUGGUUCCGCGGGUCACCAAGCGGCGCCACCUUCAUGUUCCGGGCGAGGAGCGCGCUCGCGAGCAGGCCGUGGUCGGAGGAGGAGUUGGCGAAGAGGGCGUCUCAGUUCACUCUGUUGAUCCAAGCUUUCAAGAGCAAGUGA